GCACGUCUGCAAGAUUGGCGUCGUCACCCCGCAAUGGCGCUAUACAAUGUAUGACACCACGCACUUCCACAGUACAACUCACGAGGUGCUGUGCGUCACGGCUGGCCGUGCGAGGCUCUGUUUUGGAGGCGAGCACAACCCUGGGCGUGUCGAGUCCGUUGUCGGCCGAGGAGACGUGAUUGUAGUUCCUGCAGGCGUGGGCCACCGUCUCCUGGAUGACAUUGAUCGCCAUCCUUUUCUCAUGGUUGGAUGCUACCCCGAUGGUGACAACUGGGACAUGUGCUACGGCAGCCAAGACGAAGAGUCCAAAAUAAGCAACAUCAAAAAUCUACCCUGGUUUAGCAAAGACCCCAUCUACGGUGACCAAGGGCCUGUGUUGGAUACGUGAAUUAUAUUUGCAACACAGAUCAACUGGCGUUGCCACUGAAUGGUACUCAGCUUAUACCAGAGAAGAGGGUGCAACUCGAAGACGCCUAUUCUAUAUCCCUUUUAUGCUCUCCAAUGAGAGAGAAGUACAUGGGAGAAAUAAACUAAAAUAAAAGACUUCAUAUCAUACAUUGACGUGACCGCUCGUCACCCAGGAAGCCAAAGCUGUAACACCAGACAACAAGCCCCAAAUUGCAACCCCAUGAUCAAAAUGUUUCGACAAAGAAGAAGAAAAAAACGAAACGAAACGAAAACAAGUA